AUGGCGAAAAAAUUGAUACAUUCAUCUAAAUUGAUGUUGCACAUGCCAACUCUUCGAUUAAUUGGGAGAGGGUGCAGAGCUUUCUCUUCAGCAUCAGACAUUCUGGACAUGCAGAUUCUAGACCCAGCUGAUGAAUCCUCAAAAACUCAGACUGUAUGGCCUGACCAUCUGUUAGGCCCAUUAGGCCCCCAAGAUAAGAGAUUUCCCAUGCCAGGCAGAGUUGGGCCAUGCAUCAACACACAGAGGUUGAGCCAGAUACUGAACGCACAUGAAGAGACUCCUGUUAUGUUCGACCCAGAUAAUGUGUUACCCCCACUUCCGUUUCAGCGACACACAGACAUAGUCGAACAGUUUUUGACUUCAGUUGAUGAGAUUGACUUAGACAUCAUUGACCUAGAGGCAUCAUGCCCUACAUCCCCAGACUUGAUGGAAUACAAGGCGUAUAAUUGUCCACAACUGUUGAGAAAAGACUUUAAGGACCUCUUUCCAGACAGAAACAUCAUGGAAGGUGAUUUAACAGUUGUAACUGUGUGUCUGGAUGCCGAGGAUGAGUUGGCAGUGUGGUCUUCAACUGUGGAGGAAGAACCAUUUAUCCAAGCUGCUGUUGGAUUCUGUCAAGCACUUGAAAAUGCAGGCUUCUGGGCUGAUUUUAUUGAUCCUGCGUCUGGGAAGGCAUUCAAGGGCAGUCACAAGGAUGAGCCACUGGGUGAAGCUGAUGAUCGCUACAGAAAGCUGGGAUUUGAGGUUCAAAAGUGGGGGGCUUGUAAAGUGAUUAGUCACCCCAUGUGGGGAACCCAUUUGUAUAUUGGUUCCUUAUUUACUUCAGCCCCUCUGGACCAUCCUCUCAUUACGAGUUUGGUUGAGUCUAAUUAA